AUGGCUUCCCAGAUCAUCCUUUCUCUUGAUCCUUUGAUCAAACUCAUCCAAUGUUCGGUCCCCGAAGGAAACGAAGGAGCGCUGUCGGGAUUUUCGGCCUUAGCUGUCGGGCAAUCAGCUAUCAUCGAGACCGGUCCCAAGUCCCAACUCAACAUGGCCAGUAAUUAG